UACUACAUUUUGAACUAAUUUUUCAAGUAGCAAAAAACAAAAAGAGCGGGAAGCAAGUCUUUCGCGUUUCAAACUCGCGGUAAAGGUUUUAACUGAAAUACGAGUCCUCUCUCAACAACCAAUCAGAAUCGACCACGUCUUUACUUUACUAAGUGAACAUUUUUCAUUGGACUGUACACAAACUUCUGUCACCGACAAGUAAGAAUAACACAGUUUUUCCCGUCCCUCGUUUCUCUUUCGGCACUCGCGUUCUUCCCGCCAUUUUCUCUGUUCCUAUUUAUAUGCACGAGAAUUAAAAUUUUCGGACCGAUAAAACGUAAACGAAGAAAAUUCGAAUAAGCCCAAAACAAAACCCAGAAAGCAACAGAAGACCUAGGACAUUGCAAAUGGGUAUCAAGGAUCUCCUGAGGUUCAUGAAACCUUACAUUGAACCUUUCCACAUCCAUAAGUAUGCCGGAAAACGCGUGGGUAUUGAUGCGUAUUCGUGGCUUCAUAAAGGGGCUUAUUCGUGUAGUAUGGAUCUUUGUCUUGAUUCCGACAGUGUAAGGAAGUUGCGAUACAUUGAAUACUUUAUGCAUAGAGUGAACUUGCUUCGCUUCUAUAAAAUAACUCCGGUUGUUGUUUUUGAUGGUGGCAAUGCUCCUUGCAAGGCAGCAACUGAGGAAGAAAGGAACAGAAAAAGAAGGGCUAAUCGAGAAUUGGCAAUGACGAAGCUUAAAGAAGGGAAUGUUGCUGCAGCUUCAGAGCUCUUCCAGAGAGCAGUGAAUAUUACUCCGGUUAUGGCACAUAAGCUAAUUCAGACCCUGAAAUCUGAGAAAAUUGAGUUCGUUGUUGCUCCAUAUGAAGCAGAUGCUCAGUUAGCGUACAUGUCUCACAUUGGGGUAGAAAAUGGUGGGGUUGCAGCAGUGAUCACUGAAGAUAGUGACCUUAUAGCUUAUGGCUGUCCAGAUAUUAUUUUUAAGAUGGACCGAAAUGGGAAUGGUGAAAGAAUAGAGUUAGAGAAGGUAUUUUCGGCUGAGUUUGGUAGACCUUCGUUUCGGAGUUUCAACAUGGAACUGUUCACAGGUAUGUGUGUCUUAGCUGGCUGUGAUUUUCUUCCAUCUGUUCCUGGAAUUGGUAUUGCUCGAGCUCAUGCUUUGGUUUCCAAGUAUCGGAACCUAGAUCGUAUAUUGUCUGUUCUUAAACUCGAGAAAGGCGACCAAAUGCCUGAAGAUUAUGCCAAAACCUUUCAAGAGGCUGUUGCAGUUUUUCAGUAUGCUCGAAUAUAUGAUACCAAUGCCAAAGAACUGAAACACAUGAAGCCUCUUCCACAAAAUUUUAUUGAGUCACAUGAUGGGAAUCUCGAUUUCUUGGGGCCAGAAAUUCCCUCAUCUAUAGUCAAAGCAAUUGCUGAAGGGAACUUGAAUCCAUCAACUAAGAAAGCCUUUGAUGAGUCUGAAUCUUCUAGAUUUCCUCUGCACCCCAAUGAUCUCCAAAGCUUUGAUCAAGUUCAAAAAGCUGAAGUUCCUACACCAUCUAGGCCAAAGAAUAGCUUUUCAAUCAUUGCUUCCCAGUACACCAGAGAAAAUAGUACAGUGACAAGGCUCUUAGAUGAAGAGAAGUAUUCCAAUGAAUUCUUGGACCUUAGAAAACUAAUCAUGCCUUUGGGAACAAUUAGAACAGAAGAAAAGACAACUGUUUCUGAUAACACUCUUUUGAAGGUUCCUGAUAACAAUCCAUUUAGGAUAAGAAGAAAUGAGGAAAGAUAUCAGACAAAGGACAAUGUUGAAAAUAUUUCUGUUGCAAGCUGCUUGGAAUAUACUGACUUGUGCAUGUCUCCAGAUAACUUUCAAGAAGAGGGGUCUGACGGGAAUCUCUUAAAGAAAAGAAAAUUUCAGAACACUUUAUCAGAUAAAGCUGAAGCAACCUUUGAACCGGUUUCAGUAGUGACAGAAGCUGAAAAAUCUGAUGUUGUAUGUUUGACAGUGGAAUCCCCAGAAAGUGUAACUUCUGAGACUAAGAUAAUUGCUGAUUUGAAAGGAAAAAGUGAAAGUAAAAAGAAAUCCAAUAGAAGAAGCAACAGCAAGAAAACGGGUAGUAAUAACAACAGAACGCUUUUGCAUUUCUUUUCUAGAGUGUAAUAAUUCUAAAUAUGUCCAUGUCCAUAUUUUUUGCUGCGGCAAGUUUGACUUUAUUUCUCAGAGCUUAAUAGUGAGAACAAUCAAUUAAUUAUAACUUAAUAUAAAUUAUUCUUA